AUGUCUCAACCCGUGUCGCCAUAUCCCACCCAGCCAACUUUCUACUCGACAACGCCCAUAAUGAACUCAUCUAUCAACCCCGAUACCCCUCCACCACCUCCGCCGAAGCCCAGCAGCCACGAGGCCAGUCGCGGAGGCACCCCGCAGAACAUGUCCUCCAUGCCAACACCUCAACCACCUCGACCAGACUCCCAAAUUACUUCACAAUAUGCCUCAUAUACACCAGCAUCCUUUCCUCCGCCUCCAUCAAUCGAAGAGGGCUGGCUCCCAGACCUCGUCAAGGACAAGAGCACGCUCGACCUCCAAACCGUCCUAAAAGAUCCAUCCCUCAUAUCCGCCCUCUCAAACCAACACCCAUCACACACAGCCCGCCAGCAAAGCCUAGAAUCCCUCAUCCAUCUAAACAAGGACCUCGCGACCCGCCUCUUAGCCAUGCAGAAGCACGUCGAUGAGCUCCGCGGCUCAACAGAAACAAUGCUCCUCCAACACCAAUCCCUCGAAGUAUCUUGGCGCAAGAAACAAUCCGAAAUGGACGCCGCGCUGGCGCCCUGGUCACCCAAGGCUUUGUACCAACGUCUAGGCGCGUCGAUCGCGGAACAAGAGGCUGUUUGCCAGGCUGUUGAGGAGAGCUUCCUUGACGAGGAUCAUCACGGUCGGCCUUCUGAGAAGGAGCUUGCCGAUUGGAUCCGGCGGGUUCGGGGCGAAGGGUCGAAGUUGGCGGCGAGAAAAGAGGCCAAGGCCCGAUGGGACGAGGGGCGAGUUGGUGGGUGGCGGUGA